GAUCACAGUGUGCCAUGCAGUCAACCAGAAAUUACUUCAGUCUCACCUAUUGCGGCUUUGGUGCCAACAGCAAACCAAAGAAUAACCACGCCAAUGCAGCUAUCACAAAAUCUUCCUCCAGAAAAAGAAGACUUUGAAAACAAAGUUUCCUCACUAAGUGAAUUGUCUUCUGUUGGUGAUCAUCUUUCAAUGAGCUAUGCUAGUAAGGAAGGGAUCAAUCAAGAGGAAGAACAAGAUUUGUCGGAGGAUGAUUCAUGUGAUUCAAGUUACUUGCAACGUUUAAGUUAUGCUGUGAAGACUUUCAAUGAGCAUUACCAGAACAGCAAAGCAGAGGAGGAGUCUUCAUCAACUGCUGAUUCCUUUUCGCCAGAGGCAUUCCUUUCCUCUAUUCCACUUUUCAAAAAGCUAAGUAAGAGGAGACCAGCCAACAUACUUCCCAAGCCAAAUACCGCAGAAUAUUCCAUUAGGGGACAGCAUCAACAUUUUUUAACAAGCAGUCAUGGAGUAUCAUCAAUUUUGCCUCAACAGUUUUCUGUGGUAGCUGAUGUUGGUCAUGGUGUACCAAUUGCACCAAAACCAGACCCAAACACUCCUGUGUCUUGUUAUGUGCUUGUAGUUCCUACUCCAGUUUACUAUGAAAAUUUAGUUCCAAAAGAAAGACUUCAGUUGCUGCAUGAACAAGAAGAAGCUAAUAAGUUUCUGGCAGUCCCCUCUGACCAUGAAGACAAAGUAACAGAAGUUUUGGCCUUCCAGAAUGGUAAGUACCUUUGACCUGACUUAUAUAUUGAAACCCAUCCAAACAAUAGAUAACAAUGUACAUAUUUAUUUCAAUGUACUCUUAUCUUAGAGACAAUUGAACACUCAAGACCCCAUCUAAGCUAUAAAAGUGCUGGUGAUUAGAUUAUGUUGUUCUUUUAGGGAUGGGAAUUCUGAGUUCUGACCUUGUUUCUGUUUCUGAGGAACCCUUCCUUUAAAUUAUUAUAGUCGGUAUAGUUAAAUGCUAGCUUAGACCACUAGAGAUACCAUUUGUGUAGUUGACAAAAAACAAAAAAAAUAGUCUUAAUUUAGAGGAUAACUUUUGAUUUAAAUGAUUUUUUUAAAUCAGACACAACUCCUUUGCAAGAACCCAGACCUAUGCAUCCUCCAGAUGUAGAAUGGACUCCAAGAGCUUACAAGCAAGUCAGAACACCUUUACCGUCCACAAGGGUGAGAGUAUCACCAAGCCCUAACAAGGGAAGCAGUGGUGUACAGGGCUCUCCAAUGAUUACUGUGUCUACCACAACAACUCCAAUACAACCACUACAGGGAAACAAGAAGAAAUAUGUGAUUGUUCAAGGAAACAACAGGCACUUGAAGGGCCUAGCAAGUCAUCGGCAUAAUUUUUAUACACGCACAGUAGAAGAAAGCCAUCAACCUAUUUAUCUACAAGGUAAAACAAUUUUUUGCCAAAAUUCAAUGUUGACUGUUGAUUGGAGUUAAAAUGGUCUUAUUUAGGGUGUAUACUGUGGGACCAGGUUAUUAGGUUUGUUGUAAUAAUUACUGUUUGUUACAUAAUAGUAAUAAUUAUUAUUAUAAUAAAUUUAUUAUUAUUUUUAAUUAUUAUUAUUAUUGUUAUUGUAACAAACAAUUUUUUUGACAGUUAUGUGUUUUAUUUUAUCACAAGCAUUUCACAUUCACUUUCCUCUACAUUUUACAGUAAUUUUUCUCCAAUUCAAUUCAAUUCCAAUAUUUUUGACAGGUCUACCACCGCAAGGUUUUAGACGACUUUGGAAAGCCAGAGAAAAUAGUAGCACUGAGAAGCUAACAAAGGUGAACAGUAUGACUGAGGCUUAGAAUUCUUACCAAAUGUUUCUAUCCCUUUACAGAUUACUUUAAUUUCAAGAUAGAAAAAUCCUUUCAAAGUAAUAACUGUAAACUCUAAACUGUUUUAAUAUGAUGUGAACUAUUCACAAAUCACUGUGAGGGCUUGAUCUUCCAUAUCAAAACACUGUGGACUCUAGCUUGAUAAAAUAGUGGACAUUUUGCAAUGCCAAUGCAUGGUUUCCUCACAAAAUUAUAUCUGGGGAAAUGACUACAGAAAUUCCAUACUAAUGAGGUGUCAGUUACCAAGAUCAGGUACUUCGUAUUGGCGGAAGCAAGUUUCCCAUGUGACAUAACCAAUCAGAAUGACCUGUCAUUUUGCUUGGAAACCAGAGGUGGCAUUGCAAAAUGACCACUGUAAUUUCUCAGGCCAUGUGGAUUCUUCCAUAUUAGAAUUUGGCACGCUCCAUGAUGAAAUUAAAAUAGACUAGGUUACAUUAAUUUUGUUGUCUUUGUUUUAUAUAUUUCUCUAAAUUUCAGAGGUCAUUAGAGCCACUAUUUUGCAAAGCUUUAGCACCUGCUAAUCAGGAGGCCACGGUGCCUGAGAUAGAGAAGUCCCCCCUGACAUGCAUAACAGACAAGGUAUCCUGUGAUCGAGAGGUACCGCAGCAUGAAAGCAAUAAGGUGAGCAAAGCGAUUA